CCAAAUGGUCAGCUCACUUCACUUUGCCUUUGUUUCGGUUCAAAAUGUGCUCACUGCUCAGUGCGGGGGGGUUGGAUCUCUUCUGAUGGCCACCCAGAAAUCGUGAAAAUCCAAAAGGAUUGGCCUUUUCAGAAAGUCGUUGUGUACCGCAGCAGUGUUUCAAAAAUAAAUAGAAAAUCAACGUAUUGGGCACUCUUGCUGUCAGAUGAAAAAAGUGAUCGGUUAUUGAGUGGCAACCAGUCCAGGCUUGACGUCCCUGCUUUUGCUGAAAACCAAGCCUCGAAAUGGUUCCAUAUUCUCGAUGUAAGCUUAUUUGUCCAUACAUGCGACGUGAAUGAUUGGUCGCCAGACCAGAAGUCUGACUCGUGCGUGAGCCUUAAGGCCAUAUGGAUUGUUCUUGAGUUGGACUUCUUGUCCACCCCUCCAGAUCUAAGCUCGGCGUCCUACACCAUCGACUUUGGCUCGGCGUACGACGAACUCAACUUCACUUACAAUGACACCGACUUCGUCCUCAACCCCGAGACGCAACCCUGCAGCCCGUUCACCAUCCCGGAGGCCGCCGCCGUUUUUAUCAGCGUCUUUUACGUCGUCGUCUUCCUUUUGGCCAUUCCUGGGAAUCUGGUGGUGGGCCUCGUGAUCGGUCUGAGCAAGCAGGCGCUCCCGCCUUCGGACCUCUACCUCCUGCACCUGGCCGUGGCCGACGUGCUGCUGGCUGUCACGCUCCCGUUCUGGGCCACCUCCGUCACCAAGGGUUGGGUGUUUGGAGACCAACUGUGCAAAGUGGUCACCAUCGUCCAAGAGCUCAGCUUCUACUCCAGCAUCCUCUUCCUGACGUGCAUCAGCAUGGACCGCUACAUGGUCAUCGUCCGAGCCAUGGAGGCCCGCCGGUCGAACCGGCGGCUGGUCAGCUGGGGAAUCUGCGCCGCGGUCUGGACCGUGGGAGCCCUCCUGUCCCUGCCGGGACUCCUGUACUCGUCGUUCUCGUCCUCCGGUCACUUGGUGUGCGCCGAGUACUACGACCCGCGCAGCGCCGACGACUGGCGCCUGGCCACCAGGGUCCUCCGCCACUCUCUCGGUUUCAUCGUCCCGCUGGCCGUCAUGCUGCCCUGCUACGGCGUCACGAUCCAGCGCCUCCUUCGCAUCCGCGGCGGGUUCCAGAGGCAGCGGGCCAUGCGGGUGAUCGCGUUCGUGGUGGUGGCCUUCCUGCUGUGCUGGACGCCGUACCACGUCGCCGUGAUGACGGACACCUUCUUCCGCGCCAAGAUCGUGCAGUACGGCUGCCCCGCCCGCUUGGCGGUGGAUCGGGCCAUGCUGGCCACGCACAGCCUGGGCCUGCUGCACAGCUGCGUCAACCCGGUGCUCUACGCUUUUGUGGGAGAGAAGUUCAGGAGGAGGUUGCAGCAGCUGAUGAGGAAGGUGGGCGUCCUGGAGAAAGCGUCGGUGUCCAGGACCAGCAGGUCUUCGCUCUCGUCCGAGAUGACGUCCGCGUUCAUGUAAAGAACUCUGAAGGGACACUUGUCGAAAUCAACAAACUUGUGAAUAUUCUGCGAU